AGGCUGAGAGGGGGCGGGGAAAGGGAGUUCCUAUUUGGCUGUGACCACGUGCUGUUCUCCAGAGCGGGACCCAAGUCUUUCCAGGCAAUGCUUCUUAAAUCGUGGUUUGCAUAACUAAAAGCAUGAUUUGUUAUCGGUAACCGUUUCAUUUGUAUCUAGCGGGGUCGCGAGGGGUACCAGUUAGAGAAACCCUUCUCUGGGGCACAUUCCCCGGCGCACGCAUUGGCGCUCGAAUUCACUAUGAAGACCCAGUAAACAAGUUCGGAUUUAGCAAAAUGCUGGGGAUACAAAGAAAGACAAAAGCUCCUACGGACUCAACAACGUACAUUUAGACUGGAGAUCCAAUCGCGGACUCCCCAAAAUACAAGUAUGAGCGAUGGGGCGGGGCCAACCUCCGCCAAGGAAAGGGGGCCUAGGUUUGGAGUAAGAAUAUCUGAGUUUGAAUCCUGACUCUGCAACUUACUAGCUAUGUGACCUCAGACAAAGGUCCGAACUUUUCUGGGCCUCAGUUUCCCCAUAUGUACUGUUUGAAAUCGAAGACCCUCUGAUUGCGAUCCCACGUUAAUUUGAAAACACCAAAGAAUUCAGAGCUCGCUGUCUCGAGCUCGGCUACGGCAAACCAUUGGCCAGAGUAUAUCACGUGCCCUUCUCCGGGGCUCUGAUUGGCUACAAAUUACAUCAUCACACCGUCCUUUCCGCUUUGCUCCCCGCCUCGGGCCCCGAAAGAAGGGGGAGGGAGAGAAGGGGGGGGCGGGCCCAGGGCCGGCGGGGACCUAGCUUCAAAUGCGGGCGCUGGUGGCUAAGCCUGCGGGCGGCAGCUGUGACGGCGGAGACAGAGGAAGAAAAGGAGGAGGCGGCGGUGGCGGCGGCGGCGCCUCGCCGGUGGCGGCCCUGCCCUAUGUAGCACAAUUGAGGCCGGGCGGGAACUGCAAUGGCUACAGGAGUCUUGUCACAAAGUGAACAGCUUUACUUCUCAGUAAACAAUAAUGUUCCUACAACAAGCAUGGAAGGAAGUUCACGACGUCCAACACCAAAAUAUACUAAAGUUGGGGAACGUUUACGACAUGUUAUUCCUGGACAUGUGGCAUGUUCAAUGGCAUGUGGUGGUCGAGCAUGCAAAUAUGAGAAUCCAGCACGCUGGAGUGAGCAGGAACAAGCCAUCAAAGGGAUUUAUUCCUCCUGGGUCACAGAUAACAUACUUGCAAUGGCCAGACCAUCAACUGAGCUAAUUGAAAAGUACAACAUCAUUGAACAGUUUCAAAGCUAUGGCAUAAAAACAGUAAUUAACCUUCAGCGACCUGGAGAGCAUGCAAGCUGUGGGAAUACACUAGAACCAGAAAGUGGCUUCACUUACCUCCCUGAAGCUUUCAUGGAAGCUGGCAUUUACUUCUACAAUUUUGGCUGGAAGGACUAUGGUGUAGCAUCUCUUACUACUAUCUUAGAUAUGGUGAAGGUGAUGACAUUUGCCUUACAGGAAGGGAAAGUAGCUAUUCAUUGUCAUGCUGGGCUUGGUCGAACAGGUGUUUUAAUAGCUUGUUAUUUAGUUUUUGCAACAAGAAUGACUGCAGAUCAAGCAAUUAUUUUUGUUCGGGCAAAAAGGCCAAAUUCAAUACAAACAAGGGGCCAGUUAUUAUGCAUAAGAGAGUUCACUCAAUUUUUGAUUCCUCUUCGCAACGUGUUUUCUUGCUGUGAGCCCAAAGCACAUGCUGUUACUUUAUCACAGUACUUAAUUCGCCAGCGUCAUUUACUUCAUGGUUAUGAAGCUCGACUUCUAAAGCACGUGCCAAAAAUUAUUCAUCUGGUUUGCAAACUGCUGUUAGACUUAGCUGAAAACAGACAGGUAAUAAAAGAAGACAUUUUAAAGAUACCUGAUCUCUCCGCUGAAAUUGAAAAGACCGUUUCAGAGAUGGUCACAAUGCAGCUAGAUAAAGAGUUAAUGAGACGUGUGAAUGACGCAUCCCUUCCAUUCACCCCCUCAUCAGUGGCAGUAGCUUUUGAGAACCAGGAUGCUGUUUUCUCCAGUGAACAUGACUUUGAUCCUCUUUGGAAGAGGAGGAAUGUUGAAUGCCUUCAGCCUCUGACUCAUCUGAAAAGACGGCUCAGCUACAGUGACUCAGACCUAAAAAGAGCUGAAUUUCUUUUGGAGCAGGGAGAGACUCCAUGGACAGUGCCUACCCAAGUAGUCCUGUGCUGUGACCUCAAGCAGCAGCAACAGCAGCAGCAGCAGCAGCCGCUUCCGCCGCAGCCUGUGAGCCAAGCUUGUAUUCAGCCAUCGCCUCCUCUGGACUUUAAUAAAGAAGCUUUGGUCCGCAAUACAUUUACUUUCUGGAAUCAACCUAAAUGUGGUGGUCUAGAGGGAUCCAGAGAUGAGGGGUCACCCCUUUUCCUUAGGAGAAAGAUUCCAAAGGAAAUCCAGCGGAGUAGAACCUUUUCUUCGGGUUUUUCAGGUGUGCACAACAUUGGGGAGUCAGUCCCAGCCAAGGUUGCCAAUGUACCUGGGCCACCAAGCAACCUGUCCCAGAAAGCUGACCACUGUAGGUAUGACCCAGACAGUAACUGGGGACAAGAUCCUAUGGCUUGUGGUGGGAAUUACUGUGUCCCUCAGAAUUGUGACAUUGCUCCUGGGGCAGAAGGCUUUGUCAAAUCUGAAAACCAAGAGAGUAAUACCCCACCACAAGCAAUGCCCCUGAGUGUGGAAGCUCGAAGAGUGUUGGCGGCAAAAGCCCUGGCAAAUUUGAAUGAAUUUAUAGAAGAGACGGAAAUAAAACAGAAGGUGGAAAUGUGGCAGAAAGAAUUAAAUUCUAGAGAUGGAGCUUGGGAAAGAAUAUGUGGAGAAAAAGAUCCUUUCAUACUGUGUGGCUUGAUGUGGUCCUGGGUAGAGCAACUAAAGGAACCUGUUAUAACCAAAGAGGAUGUCGACCUGCUAGUCAACAACUGUGCUGAUGCCUCAGAAGCACUUUCCUUAUUAGAAAAGGGGCAACACCAAACAAUUCUUUGUAUCUUGCACUGUAUAGUGAAUUUGCAGAACAUUCCAGCUGAUGUAGAGGAAGCCUUCCUUGCCCAUGCCAUUAAAUCAUUCACCAAGAUUAAUUUUGAUUCUGAAAAUGGACCAGUGGUUUACCACACUCUGAAAAAAAUAUUUAAGCACGCAUUAGAAGAAAAAAGAAAGAUUACAAAAGAAGGAUCAGAACACACCUCUUAAUGUUUACAGUUCUAUGUUGGGGGUCUUCUGUGGAUCCCAAGAAGGAUCUGUUUAAUCAGCUACUUUUUCGCCCUUCAAUGUUUAUUUUAACUUAACCUGAAGACCAUGAUAACAUUUAUGUUCCUAUGUGAAUGUGUUGAAGUUCUUAAGAGCUGCUUUUUUGUGGUUUUAUUGUGGCAUUUCAUUUAAAGUGAUAUCAUUUUAUAUUAUGUAUGAUAUUAUUUUGAGGCUAUUUAUUGAUUCUGAAAAAUACAACCACAAGCUUUAUUUUUGUUUUUGAACAAUUGCCAUAAAGUCAGUGCCAUUUCCUUUUAUUUAGUGAAUUGAACUAAUGUUAUUGUAUUAACAUUUGAAGUACAUGAUGUUUACAUUAAUGUUUUUCUGUUUUAUAUUGUUGUAGAUAACUGACUCUACUUUCCAAAACAAUUGUCUUGAUGACUAAAAUGUCUUUGGAAUUUAAAAAAUAGAUACUUUAAUAGUAAAAAAACACUAUAUAGCCAUUCCUUCCUGAUAUGUAACUUAAAUAAGUCACCAAGUGUCUUGAAAUGUUGUUUUAUAUUUGUGACUACCUAUGUUUCUGUGGCAAGAUUUUUAAAGAAUUUUUUUCAUUUGUUUGAGUUUCUCUUGUUUUUAAUAUGGCAAAAUAUUUCAAGGUAUAUUUUUCCAAUAUAAGUAAUUUGAUGUUAAAAGAUUGAAUGUAAUUUGGUUUGGUAAUUUUGUAUUUGGGAAAAGUAGAUCUGCUUUAUUUGUCAGGACCAUGGAUGAACUUUGCCGCACACCAGCCUUUGCCAUCCUAGGAAGGCAGUAUCCAUUCUCAGGACCUAAAGCCUUAUUUCCUCUGUACUGGGUAACUGCUUAGCCAAAUAGCUACAAGCUUAUCUUCAAAUUAUCUUUAAUAAGAAAAUAGGAUAAGGGACUGAUUUGACAGUAAGAGACAGAGCUAGGUUUUCAUAAAAUGUGUAGGCCCAUGACCACUAAGAACAUUUUUCAUAGUAAAGAAAAUUGUGGUUCAGGAAUUUCUUAUAGAGAAUAUGGAGUCCUAAAGGAGUUUCAUUAACCCAGCAUAUUCUGUCCUUUUGAGUGAGGGCAUGAUUGAAAGGUUUUAAAGAUUUUUUUUCCUCUAGAAGUUGUUCUAGAAGUAUGGUUACUCCACGUCAUCUAGAGCUCCUUUUAUAAAUCCCUAAUUCCAUUAUGGAAACACCCAUAUCUUGAGAUAGGAGGUAAUAGGCUGAGAUGAUGAUGAUGGGACUGAGAACAUUAGGCACAGUGGAAGAGAUAUUGAAGGGAAUCUAGCAGCAAA